AUGUCGAUGGUCGGUCCGACCACCUUCGACCAAGACGAGACGUAUCGACGUCCCGUUGGCGGUGUCGGCAGCGCCGUAGGCGCUUUUCAGUACCUCUGGCUUUCUCUCACGCCCUCUAUCUCGCCGUCUAUGGCUACGUCGCGUGAUUGUAUCGACAUCCCGAGAGCUGCGUGCUUGUCACGAGCUCCCCGCUGGUACCGCGCACUCGAUUCGCGGCAUGACCCCUGCUGCCUUGUGUCUGCGUGCACACUUGGUCUUCCGCGCCCCGGAAUCGCGAAGACGGGACGUAUCGCCGUCCGCGGAGCGGUGUUGGAUGGCGCUCAUGUCUCUAUGCCAACGCCGAGUCGCUUCGUCGUCCCCGAGGAGGACAGGAUGUAUCGUCGUCGUGGGAGCGGUGCCGAAGACGUCGUGUCAUGGAGCGGCGCUCUCACGGCUGUGCCGAACUGUCCUCGAUGGCUUCCAAAGAUGAGACACAUCGACUUCCCGCCAGGGGCGUGCCUGACUCUUCCAGACGAUAACCCUUCUCGGCCACGACGCUCGUGCGGUGUCUGCCCUCGCCAUCCAUCCCACACCGUCGAUGUCGGUCUCGUCGAGCACUCGGUACGCAAAGAUGAGGCGCGACGCCUGCCGAGUAUCGGGGACGGGUCGUUGACCUGCAACGGGUGGGUGCGCGCGCCCGCCGCGGCCACCGACAGACAGCAUGACUCCCUCGACAUCCAUCCUCGCCGUCGACUCCCCGCCGCCUCCCUCUCCGCUCCGACAAAGUGCCCGUAUGCGAAUACGGGACGUAUCGCCGCACCGGAAGCUGCGUGCUCGCACGCGGCUAUGGUGGCUCUAGGCGAUACCCUUCGCGUUCGCCGCCCUUGCGCGCGGUCUACCCCCUCCCGUCGACUCUACCCGGUACCGUCGACGUCGUCCCCACGUGGUCUGGUGAGGCCCUCCGGUCAGCAAAGACGGGAUGUAUCGCGUUCCCGCGAGCGGCGUGAAGCCCCGCUCCAUGUCUGA